AUGUCUGUCAAAGCAGUCAUCCCAUUUCUGGUGGGAAUGAUGUUGCUGACUGGCUGUGCCAACACGAUCCUCACCAAGUACCAGGACCAGCAAUGUGUCCAAAACUGUGAAGACAAGAAUCCUCAACACCACAAGACGUUCGAGCAGCCUGUCAUUCAAACUGUACAAAUGUUCAUCGGAGAGAUGGGCUGCUGGCUCGUGGUCUUGGGCUUCUACCUUUAUCGCUACUUUUCCCUGCGUACGAAAACAACACCGCUCUUGUAUCAACCCGUGGCCGCGGAAGAGGAGGACGAUGAUACUGCCCGCCCAACGUCGCAGGAUGCCGUCGGUCCUGCCUUGAAACCUCUUGUUCCCAACGCAGACGAACGAACUCCGCUCAUGGGAUGGAAGGUGGUUUUGCUGGGACUUCCGGCAUGCUGUGAUAUCACAGGAACAACCCUGAUGAAUGUGGGAUUGCUAUUUGUGGCGGCAUCCAUAUACCAGAUGACCAGAGGAGCGUUGGUCCUGUUUGUCGGCCUGUUCAGCGUCUUGUUCCUCAAAAGGAGACUUUUCCUAUAUCAUUGGCUUUCGCUCGUGAUUGUGGUGUUAGGUGUUGGGCUGGUCGGCCUUGCCGGCGCCAUCUACUCGGACGAUAAGAGCUCUCAAUCCUCCAAGGUCGUCACCACCGAACUAUUGCAUGAUGCACUAAUGAGUGUCCGAGAUCUGGCCACUCAGGCUGUUGAUCCCACCGUCCUGCGUACUAUCCUCGGUAUUUUUCUCAUUGCCUUUGCACAAAUCUUCACGGCCACGCAGUUUUGUCUCGAGGAAUGGAUCUUGGAACAUUAUGCACUAGAACCCCUCAAAGUCGUCGCGUGGGAAGGCCUAUUUGGGUUUUGGGUCACCAUUAUCGCCCAAGUAAUCUUGCACUUUACUGUUGGCGUUUCAAAGAGUGGCACAAAUGGGUAUUUUGAUGCCUCGGAAGGCUAUCGUCAAGUCUUUACGAACCGGGCAAUCGGACUUUCCAGUCUUGCCAUCAUGGUCUCCAUCGGUGGAUUCAAUUUCUUCGGCCUUUCGGUAACAAGAAGCAUCUCAGCGACAUCGAGGUCCAUCAUCGAUACCUGUCGAACCCUGUUCAUCUGGAUCGUCUCGUUGGGGCUUGGUUGGGAAUCAUUCAAAUGGCUCCAGGUCGUGGGCUUUGCUUUGCUGGUGUAUGGAACGUUCAUGUUCAACGACCUCGUAAGACCUCCGAUCAAAGCUCUUCUUCCCCGAAGUCAGGAGGCAGAACAGCGGGAGGAGCUUUUACGAGAAGAGCCCAUUGAACAUAUAUAG